AUGAGCAACUCUAAGCUGCGGGUAGAUGUCGUCAGCGCCUAUGAUCUUUUGCCUACAGAUGGGAAAGGCUCAUCCAAUGCCUUUGUGGAGCUUAACUUUGAUGGUCAAAGGCUCCUUACCACCACUAUAGAAAAGAAUCUUAAUCCAGAUUGGAAUGAAAGCUUCUGCUUCAACAUUUUUGAUCCUUUGAAUUAUCACAACCUUACUCUCGAUGCAUGUGUCUACAGUAGUGCCACAGCUACCUCCUCAAGAUCGUUUAUUGGAAAGAUUAGUCUUACUGGGAAUUUAUUUUGCUCUUAUUCUGAUGCUGCUGUUACGCAUUACCCUUUGAAUAAAAAGCGUCGCCUCUCAUGGUCUUCUGUAAGAGGAGAGCUCGGCCUAAAGGUUUAUGUUACUGAUGACCCAUCAAUUAGGCCCUCCACCCCAAUUGCUGUUGUUGGAGCCCUAGGUACUAUGGAUCCAAGCGUAGCUCAUGGAUCGAAUCAAGGAGUUUCAAAUCCCGUGACGAACACUUCUCCAAAUGCAGAAGUUGAGAUACCACGUCUCCGUAAUCCAAGUCAUGGCCACCAACUUUUGCUGGAGUAUGCUCCUGCUGAUGGGACUGCCAGCGGCGCUAUUGUGGAAGCUGGGACAAGGCACAACUUUCCUCAAAUUCCUAAUCCAAGCCAACUUCUGCUGGGGUAUUCUCCUGCUGAUGAGACUGCUAGCACCGCUAUUGUGGAAGCUGAGAGAGGGCGCACCUUUCGUCAUGCUUCUACUCCAAGUCAUAACAGCCAACAUUCACGUAUGAGGGAUGUUGCUGCUGAUGAGAAUUCAAGCAUCGAUGAUGAGGGAUUUAGGACAAGGUCCAACUCUCUUCAUAGUUCUAAUCCAAGUCACGGCAGCCAACAUUCCCGUAUGGGGGAUGCUGAUGAUGAUGAGAAUGCAAGCUCCUUUAAUGCGGAAACUGAGACAAGGCGCACCUCUCAACGUAUUUCUAAUCCAAGUAGUAACAGCAGCCAACAUUCGAAUAUGAGGGAUGCUGCUGUUGAUGAGACUGCAAGCACCUCUAAUACAGAAGCUGAGACGGGGGCAUACCUCUCAACAUAG